CCUACGUACCCCAACCGAACUCCCUCAAUUUGCUCUCGCACGAUUCUUCUCAUUCUCCAAAGCUACAGUUCUCAUCUCAUCUGCAUUACCAAUGGCACCAAAGGCCGAGAAGAAGCCCGCCGAGAAAAAGCCAGUGGCGGAGAAGGCCCCAGCAUCGGCAGAGAAGAGGCCGAAGGCCGAGAAGAAGAUCUCAAAAGAAGGCGGCGAUAAGAAGAAGAAGAGGAUUAAGAAGAGCACCGAGACUUACAAGAUUUACAUCUUCAAGGUCUUGAAACAGGUUCACCCUGACAUCGGGAUCUCAAGCAAAGCCAUGGGGAUUAUGAACAGUUUCAUCAAUGACAUCUUCGAGAAACUGGCUCAGGAGGCUUCCAGAUUGGCUAGGUAUAACAAGAAGCCGACCAUUACAUCAAGGGAGAUCCAGACGGCGGUGAGAUUGGUUUUGCCUGGUGAACUGGCCAAACACGCUGUCUCUGAAGGAACCAAGGCGGUUACCAAGUUUACCAGUUCUUAGAUUUCUUUCAAUUUUGCUUGAGAUUGGGAUCCGAUCAGUAUCUCCGGUUUCGGAUAUUAGUUUUUUUUUUACCAUUUUCUAUGCUUUUAAUGUACUGAAGUUUAGUUGUAAUGAACAGAUAAAUGGAAAUCCAAAUUGGUUCUAUAUUUAUUUUUUCCAAGAAUA